AUGCCAGAUGAAAAGCACAUUUGGUCGCGCGACAUGGGUUGUCUGGAAGACUACGUGUUCAAGACUACGAACGCGGACGGGUCGAUGCCGAUCCCGUGGCCGGGACCUACUCCUUGGGAAUUUCGGCGCAGAAUGGGAAUGCACUUUGCCUACUUGCGCGCUUUAUAUGCGCCCUAUGUCGAGUUGGAAUCCAUCCACCGGGACCGUAUCGUUUGGGACAUAGGCGCACCCAUUCGCGAAAACGGAAAUGGACCGUUUUUACAAGACAACUGUCUAGACGGUGAGGAUCCCAAGACCGCUCUCGCUGGCCAUAUAACUUGGUCCAUAUUCUUCGACACCAAUCCUCAGAGACAAGGGCGUUUCUUCCACUUCGAUAUCGACCUCCUACAAGUUGAGACCAUGCUCGCAGUCGAAGUUCAAAACCGACCCCAGUGCGCUCGUUCGCGACACGAUUCUCUGGGGCUACGGGAAGUGGUACGAGGACACCGAUAUCGGUACCAUGAACGAUGCCCUCACGUACGACCAAAUCUUCGAGGAAGAAGACUGCACCUGCUACGACCCGCCUUCAACUACCACCUCUACGACUACCACUACACCCACUACCACUACCACCACUACCACGUCCACGACUACACCCACUACCACCACUACCACGUCCACGACUACACCCACUACCACCACUACCACGUCCGUGACUACACCCACUACCGCUACAACCACCUCUACGACUCCCCCCACUACCGCUACCACCAGCACUACAACCAGCAGUGCACCUACUACCACCACCACUACCUCUACGACUCCCCCCACUACCGCGACCACCAGCACUACUACAACCAGCAGUGCACCUAUUACCACCACUACUACCUCUGCGACUUCCCCCACCACCACUACCACUACCACCACCACCUUACCGACGACCACUACCAGCUCCACGACAACACCGACUACCGCAACCACUACCACUACGACUCCAGUCAGUACCACUACCACCAGCACUACGACUACCACCACCGCCAGCUCCACGACUACACCGAACACCGCUACUACCUCGACUACACCGGCUACCACUACCACCAGCACCACGACAAUACCGACUUCCACCACGACUGCCACUUCAACCACUACUACUUUGACAACAUCGACCUCCUCGAGUGCCGCCACGUCGACCUCCACGAGUGUCUUGACAUCGACCUCCACUAG